AUCGCAGCACGUGGGAAUAUUUUGGCGCUCACCUGGAACAGGCAGCGGAAUGGUCUGACAGAGACUCGGCUUCCCACCGACAAAGGCUCGUGCUUCCGAUCUCAACGAACGUGAAACUUAUUUAUUUUUUAGCAUUAUUUUUAUAUUUACACACACGCAAAAAAUCGAGUGAGAGGCGAACAUGUCUCAGUACUGCCGAAUUACGGGUAAGAGCCGCGGCCUGCCGAAGCCCAACUACUUCCCGCUGCUGCCGCCCAUCUCGGCCGCCGACGCCAAGAAGCUGUGCCGCAUCACAGGCAAGUCGCACGGGCUGCCGCCCUCGCACCAGUUCAUCCCCGUGCCGCUGAGUCCGCGGCACAAGAAGUCGGCCUGCGCGGUGACAGGCAAGUCGGUCGGCCAGCCGCAACACCACUUCAUCCCCGGGACCCCAAAGGCCGUGCCCCACGAGCCCAUUCCGGGCUUCAGGUACGUGGUGCCGGUGCUCAACAACCCGCCGGCCCUGCUGCAGGAGCUGCUGAGCCACGAGACGCUGCCGGACAGCAUCGUCGCGCAGUAUGUUUACACGCUGGAGGAGAAGCAGUGCGGCAUCGUGCUGCCGGCCACCAUCGAGGCCGCCGUCCGCCUGGGCACCGUCUCCGACAUGCUGCUGCAGAACACCAACGAACGAUUCACGCUGAAAUUCGAGGAGGGCCGCCAGGUGACCGUCAAGUUGGUCGAGAUGCAGCCGCAGCCGGCGACCGCGUCGACGCCCGAGGACGGCCACACGCCCCUCCUGGACGGUCAGGGCCCGGACAAAAAGCCGCCGCCGCCGCCGGUGCCCGUCGAGAAGCUCAAGAUUCCAGGACUGAAGCCCAAGAAGCAACAGCAGGUGGAGCCGCCACCAAAGCCGCCGGCGCCGCAAACAACAAAGACGGCCGAAAUGGCAAAAGGUGAUGAUGCACCGAGUGUCGGUGAUGCAACGAAAGCCAAAGAAGAGUUGGCACCGAGCGUGCAGCCAGCAGUUACCGUAGAGAAGCCCGGCUUAGACAGUCCUAUAGAGCAGAAAAAGGUCGCGGAAAACAAGAUGCAGGCGGAAGAAACGUCAUCGCUCGGCGGAAUGCAAGAGUUCAUCGACUCCAUCAGGCAGGAAGUCAGUAAGUUGGAACUUUUGGAGACGGAAAGCAACAAAGUUUCGUUGGCCGCGCAACCUGCCAAAAAGGAAAAAUUGCCCAAGGAACCGGUAGAAAAGCCAGUAGAAAAACCUGUAGAGGAAGUGAAACCCGAAGAAAAGAAAGAAGGGGAGGAAGCGGGCAAGGCAGCGGAGGAGGCGCCUAUCGAGAAAAAGAAAAAGAAGCCCCCACCAGAAGAAACGGACAUUACUGCAGAACAUAAUGAUGCAAAAUUAUCGACUCAAGAGGCAUCCACUCGAAAAUCGGCCGCAGGCGAAAUCGCUGAUGAGCCGAGGCGAGUCAGACGAGGCAGUGCGUCGCGAGCACUCGACACGUCGGUGCUGAAAUCCGUUUGGGAUGUUGCAAAGCGGGACGAAAAAAGUGAGAAAAACGGCCUUUCAAUCAAGUAUGUACUUGGAAAACAGCCUAACCUCAAAGAUAUUUUGGUUCUCCAGAAAAAGAUGGAGGCCGGCCCGGUGAUCGAGCUGGUCUGGGACGGAGAAUUGCUGCAGGGCAAGAACAUCGAAAUCAGCGAGGGCAAAUUCUGUUUCGUGCCCGGAAAAAUGGUCCACGGACAAUUCAUGGCCGGCCAGACCGUCGAGGGCAUUUUCGUCCCUGGCUUGACCAUAAAGACUCCAUCAAAAAUUUCGCUCAUCCCUGGCUGCGUGAUGAAAGAGGAAGGAUUCGUUGCGGGUAUCAACAAAGAACUAAAAUUCAUUCCCGGACAAAUUUUCAAGGACGGCGAGAAAGAACUGUUCGUGCCUGACGAGCAGGUGGUAACUGACAAUGGAGUUAAAUACAUACACAGAGAAGAAGUUCCAGCAGGUGCUGUUCCAAUUCAACUUCCGCCCGCGCCAAAGAAGCAAGAGGCGCACAAGGAAAACGGAACUGCAGUAAACGGUAAAAAAGAGCGAGCAUUAAAAGACAAGAAACUAAAAAAGGUUAAAGGUCUACUAAAGGACAGGAAUGUCGUUUAUGGCCACAUGCUUCAAAUGGAAAAGGGUGUCCAGUUUUAUCCAGAGGGACACGAAUUACCCACCGCAGGUGUUUUGAGGACAAUCCCUGGACAACUGGUGAAAUGUCCUGAGGAGGAAGAACCGAGGUUUGUACCUGGCAUGAUGAUGGAAGGCAAAUUCGUCGCUGGCCAAAUGGUCUGCACGGCCGAAGGCACGAAGUUCGUCCCUGGACAGCUUGUUAGGAACAAAGAAGGAGCCAAAUUCGUACCUGGCCAAACACUUGAAGACGGACAGUUCGUGCCAGGUCAGGUUGUUGAUGGAAAAUUCGUCCCCGGCCAAAUUGUUCAAACAACUGCAGGACCAACCUUUAUCCCAGGUCAAGUAAUUUCUACGCCCGAGGAAGGUGCGAGAUUCGUACCUGGAAGGGUGGUUGAAACCCUUGACGGGCCGCACUUUGUGCCGGGACGAGUCAUCGAGGACCAAAAUGGCAGCGUUGCUUUCGUACCUGGAAGGGUGGUGGAAACGAUUGAAGGUCCAAGAUUCGUGGCUCCUGAUUUGGAAUCGACACCUGACGGCACGCCAAAGUACGCCAUGCAGAGUUUUGAGGUCAGCCCUGAAGAACUGCAACUGAUUGAGCAGAGAGGCACCACCAACAUGGAGAGCGCCGGAAUUAUCGAUCAACAAAUGCUGGAGCAAUUAGCCAAGGCUGGAAUUACUCUGUCUCAAAAGAGUUUGCCAGACGUUUUUGUCACACCGAGAAAUCUGCAGGAAAUUUCAAACCGCAUAUCAGGUCGACUUCGCUUGCCAGAGGAGGCGAAAAUUAAAAUUUCGUUGGUUUUAGAAAAGGUCGCAGAAUUAGGUCACAAUAUUCAACACGGAAAAGCAAAAGAUGAAGCGCAUGAAAAACUAAACCUGUCCAAGUGCGAGUCCAUUGCUCAAAAUCACGCAUUCGAAAUAAUCGAGUCUGCAGUCACAGCCGCAGUUUUGACAGCCUCCAAAGACUACAGCGUCAACCCUGGAGAAGCAACAGUGCAAGAAAUGAACAGCGUGUUGGAGGACGCUCUGCCACCGACCGGUAUUUCCAACGCGAUGUACACAGACUACCUGGUCAGCGCUCUGUACGAAGUGGUCACCUCUGAUGCCACUCUGGAAGCAAUUUCAACCUCAGUUCAGCAAGGACUGAAAAAACCAGUGGCCAACAAAGUCGAGGUUCUGCGAUAUAUUGCAAAUAAAACAGAAAACGUGCACGACACCGUGGAGAAAAUCAGCACGGUGCUUCGCAAACCAAAACACCAUCUUGACAUCGGCAAGGCAUUCAGGCGUUUAUCAAUUGGAGAUCCUGAAAUCGUCGACCUGGUCGUCUCCAAAGUUACAGACAAGGUGAACGACGUGAACACUGAAAAGGAGGCGACAAAAACGCUGCAAUCCGCCAUUGUCUCUGCGGUGCGCGAAUCGAGUGAGAAGAAAAUCAACGAAAUUUUGGACGCAAAUGACAACAGCAGCUUGAAGCACCUGAUCAUGCAAGCCGUCAGCCUCGCGGAAGCCCUUGGACUGGAGGAUGCAGCCGACGAGCUGUUUUACCUUCUUCAGGAUGAACGCAUCGCGAACCUUUUGGCCAAGGACCGCACCGCCUUGGAAAUUCUGCAGCGCCUCACCUUAAUGAAAAAACUGGCGGAAUCACGUCCGGCGUACGCCCACGCAAUGUCGGGCCUGGGCGGAACGGUGCCAAAGGAGGACACAAAAUUACUCAAACAGCUGGUCCGCGAGAGCGAGGUCCUUCUGACGGCCGUGCAGGAAGAGGACGAUUCCUACGAGGAUGACGAAGACACGUACAGCACGUGUUCGUUCAACUCGGCCUUCGACGACGAGAUCAUCAGCCGCGUUCCUCGCCGAAUCACGAGCUCCAAGGAUAUUCCUUACUCGCUGUUCCACGCAUUUGUCGACUGCCAGAAGCCGAUGAAGCUGUUCAAUCGCAUUCUCCUCGCAGCACAGCCGGAGCGGCGUUUCUCCUACGACCACUCGUGCGUCAUCCUCAAGGACAAAAACCAGACCGUGAUUCCGAAGGAGAGCUCUCGAGACGUGCUCACCGGCCGAGCCAGCUACACGUUGAUCGACGAGAACGGCGUUAAAAACUACGACGCCAUGGACGUUUUCUCGGCGCUGAACAUCGACAAGCCCAUCGCCCUGCAGAAGUUUUCCAUCUACACGGAGGGCCUCGCGUCGACGUGGGUGCACGCUGCUGAACUGCCGCCUGAAAUCAACGACCUCCUCACUGACUCGUACACGCCCAUAUACGAUUCAAAUAAUUUACCAAGCCACGAUUCUACUUUAGAGGAGGCGUCCUCGUGCGAGUCUGUCGACUGGUACGUGGCAAUUUGUGACUACGAGGCCGAGGAUGAGAACGGACUCAGUCUCAAGGCUGGAGAUAUUGUCGAGAUCCUCGACUAUAAUGACUACGACCCUAACGCAAAGAAGUCUAUCCUGGGCGAGGAGGGUCUGGAGUCGUCCGGUUUGCUGGACACGUCGGCGGCGCGCCACAAGAUGGCCAUUCGGCCCAAGAGGAAACACUCGAAGCAGAAGGGCGAUUCCUCGGCGGUGGCCAGCUCUUCGUCCGGCUCGGAAAUCAGAUGGUUGGCCAAGCGGCGGAUAGUCGGGGGUGUCGGCUUCGUGCCUCACAGCAUAUUGAAGCGAGGCGAUGGCGAGCCCGAAGGCGAGUGCGACGACCCGCUGGCCAUGCGGAAUGCCAUUAUCAAGGAGCUAAUAGAUACGGAAAUUGAGCUGGGCCGUGAUCUCAACUUUGUGGUGGAAAAAUACAUCAAGCCCGUCGACUUGGGCACCGGAGUGCCACAGAUCGUCAAAGAGAACCGCGAUGUGAUCUUCUCAAACUACAAGAAAAUUGCGGAAUUCCACAACACUGUAUUUCUGGAAGGCAUUAAGUACUACGCAAACGAACCAAAGAUGAUCGGAAAAGCAAUUUGCAGACUGGAACGCGAUUUCGACUUGCACGUGGAUUACUGCCGCGACGAGCCGGUGGCAGAGGAGUUCAUAGAGGAAAACGAUGAGGCGUCAGAAUAUUUUGCCGAGCUCGGCACUCAGUUAGGGGACGACAAAACCAUCGAUGAGCACCUGAGACUACCGAUCCAACGCAUUCACGAUUACCAGCUCUUGCUAAAGGAACUAAUCAAGUACACAGCGUUAGUCAAAGAAGGCACGAAAGAUCUCGAGCGGGCGCUCGAUUUUAUGUAUGGUAUCCCCACGAAAGCAAACGAUUUAAAAUUCAUCAAUAGCAUCGAGGGAUACAAGGGCAGCAUCCACAAGCUAGGCCGCCUAAUUUCGCACGAGUGGUUCACCGUUACUGACGCCAAGAAGUGUUCCAAAGAGAGAUAUCUAUUCUUAUUCAAAUCGCGUAUUCUCGUUUGCAAAGUCAAGAGGAUUUCUGACGAAAGAUCAAUUUUCAUCCUCAAGGACAUCAUCAAGCUUCCUGACUGCGAAGUCAUAGACAUCGAGGACGACCCUCUGUCCUUCCAGUUGCAACACAAAAAUCCCUUCACACAUCCGAGGUAUCCUCUUACACUCAAAGCCCACGGGCCGCAAGCCAAGCCGGAGUGGAUAGAGUGUAUCAAGGCCUUCAAAGAGGACACAGUUGCGCUUAACGAGCACUUCGUUGACGACCUUAAAAUCGACGGUCUCGCCGACGGAGAGACAGCAGAAGAAGAGAGCUCCACCCAGAAGCUCUACAAGAAGAUCCUCGCCGACGAAGAAAAGGCAAGGAAAAAGCGAGAAGCCCAAGCGGCGUUCGACGAGGCCACAAGACCGAAACCGAGAGCGAAAUCGAAAACUCCACAACCAGAGGCUAAACCUGCUGAGGGUGAAGCAGCACCUGCCGAAGCCGGAGCAGCACCUGCCGAACCAGGAGAACCGGGAGCACCUGGAGAACCUGCGGUUCCUGGAGCACCUGCCGUACCUGGAACAGUUCCAGAAGGCCUUAGUGCCGAUCAACUUCCAGCUGAAUUCCGAGUGCCAACUCCAGACGAAGCUGCCAACAUGUCUGAGACCGUGACUGUAACUUACCCACCACCUCCAUCUGUGGUGCCUACUGCCGGCGUUGGGGCCGGAGGCGACGAAAAGCCUGACCUUAGCCUCAAUGUCAACCUUAGCAUCAACGAGUCGCAGCCAUCGACUCCCUCGUCUGCGCCACAGACGCCUAUCAGAGAGCCUAAUAGGCCUCGUUUCACAAAAACAAUCGACCCCUUCUCAUGCGAGCCGGGUGAAACAACCACGUUCGAAUGCACGAUCAUGCCAAGCCAAAUGCCUGUCGCUCUCACAUGGCUGAAGGACAACAAGCCAUUGGAAGACAAGCUGGCUGACCGCAUCACCAUCACGGCCGAGGAGAACAACACCAGAUUCCGCCUGGUCAUGCUGCACUGCAAAGACACCGACACUGGCACCUACACGGCCAAGGCGUCCAACACAGAAUGCUCAGCUACUUGCUCUGCUUACUUGUUGGUACAGGAGAUGACUCCCGAGGAGAAGGCCAAGCGCGCAGAAGAAAAGGGAGCGCAAAUCAUGGUCAGAUUCAAGGACACCGAGGUGCUUGAGGAGACCUAUCUCCGAUUCUUGAUUGAAGUUAAAGGAGACCCAGCACCAGAAAUUAGUUUCUUCAAAGAUGACCAUAUUAUUACUAAAGACAACCAGCGUGUUAAGAUCGUUGACGAAAGAGCUGCCAAGGGAUUUUACGAGCUUGUUGUGCCCUACGUGGGACAGGGAGACGCUGGCAGGUACACCUGCAAGGUGAUGAACAAGUUUGGCGAGGACAAGUGCGAAGCCAACGUUGCAGUUGUUCCCGACAAAGACAUAUUCAAAGGACUUGCCCAAGGACCACCAGGCGAUAAUGUCGACUUCAAAUGGCUCCGUGAUGGCAAGCCAUUCGACCCUGAGUCGAGGUUCAAUGUCCACUUCAGGGAUGACGAGGACUCCCUUGCCCUCAUCUUCCAGCACGUCAAGCCUGAAGAUGCUGGCUUGUACACGUGCGUGGCUUCAACUUCGUCUGGAAGAAUUUCCUGCAGCGCUGAACUCACAGUUGAGGGUUCCAUCAAACAGCUCUCCAGAGAACCAGAAAAGCCGAAUAUCACCACGGAAAACAAAAUCGCACACGCCAACUUGGGUAGCUCGGCUAUGCUUGAGUUGAAGGUCGCUGGCUAUCCCAAGCCUGAGAUUGAAUGGACCCACGCAGGUGUACCUGUUCCGCAUGGAGGCCGAUUCAGGUUCCUCCACGAGGACGACGAAACCUUGGCCUUGGUCAUCAAGCAUGUCGAGGCUGAGGAUUCUGGAAUGUACAAACUGAUCGCCAAGAACGAGCUGGGACAAUCGGAGAUUGAUAUUGAGCUGUCUGUGAAGGCUCCUCCCAAGUUCAAGUGCAAGAUGGAGGACCGCAAGGCCGUCAGCGACGAAACCCUCGUCAUGGAGGUUGAAAUUGAGGCGUGCCCGGCACCAGAAGUCAAAUGGUUCAAGGAUGGCAAGGAGCUGUUUGCUUCUGAGAGAAUCAGCUUCUCCAAGGAAGGCUCUAAGCACAAGAUGACCAUCCUGAAAGCCACCAUGGACGACUCAGGCACUUAUUCUGUGGUUGCGACCAACGAAGUAUCUCAGGCCACCGAGUACUGGAAUCUGUCCGUCAGCCAGCCACCCAAGUUCAUCAAGGGUCUGGUCAAGUCUAUGGAUUGCAAGGAACAGGAGAAUAUCAGCUUGGAUGUGAAGAUCCAGUGCAAGCCUGCGCCACAAGUCAAGUGGUUCAUUUGCAAGCCUUCCGAGUCCUCUUUGGUCAAAGAAUACAAAGUGGAGGAAAACAAGGAAGAAGUUAAGGUAGAUGGCAAGCACGUCGUGCUCACCCAGGAGGGAGAGAACUACAGCUUGAAGAUCGUUGGAAUGGGUCGCUCCGAUUCCGGCUUCUAUCGCUGCGUGGCGACCAACGACUACGGUCAAAGCACGCAAGAUUGCGAGAUCAACGUCAGAUGCGCUCCUCAGAUGACGCAGAAACUGGCCGACUCCUCGAUCAAAGAGGGAGAAACUAACUUUGCCCUCUCCGUGUCUGCCAACGCGUAUCCCGAGCCUAAAGUCACCUGGUACAUUAAUGACACCGAAAUCACUGAGAGCCGCACUGCUUUUGUGCAGUCUUCAUGCUACGGCACCUGGAAGCUCACUCUGAAGGAGGUCUCUACAGAUAUGACUGGCAAAUACACUUGCAAAAUCGCCAACGACCUGGGCACAACUGAAUGCUCGGCCACCUACACAGUUCUGAACAAACCCAAGAUCACUAAGCCUUUGAGCGAAACGAAUGAUGUAGAUGAAGCUCAGAACCUGAACCUUAGCGUCACCAUCCAGGCCACACCACCACCGGUCGUUAAAUGGUACAAGGAUGGCAAAGAAGUUUCCGCUGAUGCACGCAUUAAAAUCACCAAGGAAGGAUCAGAGACGUACAAUCUAUCUGUCACUUUGCUCAAACUCGAGGAUACGGGCGAGUACGAGGUCAAGGCCACAAAUGACCAGGGCACCUCAAGCUCUGUGACCAAGGUCACCGUUAGCAAAAAAACAACCAUCACAGAGACAGAGGAAACCACAAUUAUUGAAGAGGAAAGCAAAACAGAAACGAGUGAAAAGAGCUCAAAACAAACUGACGACGACAAAGAGAUGGAAAAACAAGAGAUCUGCGAGGUUGAUUCUUCAAUGCCGCCAAAGGCGCACCAGUCCCUUUCCGAGGCCGCACCAUUGCAGGCGGAAGUAUCCGACAGUCCAAUAGCAACAGAAGAAGCCGAAAUUGAAAAUCAGUUGGAAAAAGAAAAGAUCUGCGAGGUUGAUUCUUCAAAGCCGUCAAAGGCGCAACAGUCUCUUUCCGAGGUCGCACCAUUGCAGGCAGAAGUAUCAGACAGUCCAAAAGCAACAGAAGAUACCGAGAUUGAAAAUCAGUUGGAAAAACAAGAGAUCAGCGAGGGUGCAGCUUCUAAGCCUUUGAAGGCGCAACGGUCCCUGUCUGAGGCGGCUCCGAUGCAAGCAGACGUGUCCGUGGAGAACGACAAAGCUGACUACGAGUUGGAACAGCAAGAAAUCCUCGAGGGUUUAGCUUCAAAGCCUUCAAAGACGCAGCGAUCUAUGUCUGAGGUGGGACCAAAGCAGGCGAAAAUGUGUGACGGCUUGCGAAAACACAGUUUGGACAACUUGUCUGGUGAUGCUGCCGCGGCUCAGCACGAGCAGGCGAUGCGAGUUCCUGAUUCGCAGCGAGGCACUCGUGCAUUGGACGAAACUGAUGGCGAGGAAGAGAUGGAUGGCUUGCUGAAACGAGUUCAAAAACAGAGGAGUGUACUCGAGGAGAUUUUAGAACAAGAGGAUGCAAGGGACAAAGAGGCUUUCCCUACUAUACUUUCUCACACCAUGAACGACACCAAGGUGUACGAGUCCCUCAGCCACUCCUUCGAGGUGCAUGCUGAUGGCAUUCCAAGACCAGAAGCCACAUGGACCAAGGAUGGCAAGGUCAUCAAGAGCGAUGAUCACGUCAAGAUCACUUCUGAAGAAAAGGUGUACAAGCUGGAAAUCGCCGAGCUUGUCAUGGAGGACGCUGGCGUUUACAAGUGCACCGUCAGCAACCGCCUGGGAGAUAAGUCCCUUGAGACCAAUUUCCAGACCAUCAGCGUCAACGAAUUCCGCAAGCCUGACCUUAAAACCGAGCUCCAGCCUCUUAUUGUCAACAAGAAGGAGAACGGAACUCUCACUCUCAUGCUUGUUGCCGACCCUGUGCCUGAAGUCACCUGGUACCACAACGGAAAGGAAAUUUCUCCAGACAACCUUGAUUACGAGUUCACCUUGGAGACCAAGGACAUUGAAAACAACCUGAAGGAAUGCUACUACACCAUCACUUUGUGCAACGCUUUGCACGAGCACACUGGCGAGUAUAAGAUCCUGGCCAAGAACAAGUACGGCGAGAUGGAAACAUCGACGCGUCUGGAUGUCUAUCUGGUGCCUGAGAUCACACCUCUGAAGGACAUAACCAUCAACCCUUACGACACCACGCAAUUCGAGGUUGUUAUCAACGCUAACCCCAAGCCAAAGGUUACUUGGUACAGGAACGAUGAGGUGGUCGGCAAUUCGGACCACACUCAGCUGAUCGCCGAUAUCGAGGCUGAAAUCUACCGACUGGUUGUGUCCAACAUCACGCUUGUGGACGACGGUGUCUACAAGGUGGUUGCCUCCAACAGCAUGGGCGAGUCGUCCGAGCAAUGCACAUUGAAAGUGCACAACGAGGCCCCGCAAUUCGUCAUGCCGAUUGCUGUUCAAACCGUCGCUGCUUACCACGACGUCGAUUCUCGCGUUCGCUACACUGGCGUGCCCACACCAGAGAUCAAAUGGUACUUUGAGGGCAAGGAGAUCAAGAGCGAAGGCCGCUACACAAUUGAAGUGGACAACGAGCAUCUGGUCUCAGGUCUUAAGAUUGAAAAACUUGAAGAGUCUGAUGUUGGCGUUUAUAGUGUAACUGCAUCCAACUUGGCUGGUCAAGCUGAAUGCAGUGCUCAACUUAGCAUGGCGCAAACACCGCCCUCAUUCAUCAACUACAUGGACAAGUACCACGAGAUCGACGAAAACGACGAUUUGUCCAUCAAGAUGAAGGUCGACGGCAGCCCCAUCCCAACUGUCAAGUGGUUCAAGGACAUGGAAGAAAUCAGUGGCGAGGGCCGCAUCAAGCUCUCAUCUCUGCCUGACGGAACAAUCGAACUUACUAUCGCCAAAGUCAAGCCCUCCGACUGCGGAGCAUAUAAAAUCGUGGCCACCAACAAGCACGGAGAAAGGGCUGUGCUGACAGCUGUUGCCGUUACACCAUUUGCACGCAAACCGGUGUUCAUUCAGCCUUUGGCUGAUAUCAUCGGAAAAGCCGAUAGCUUGGUCAAACUCGAGGCCCAGGUCACCGCCUUCCCAUCGCCUGAAGUGCAUUGGUUCAAGGAUGGCCUUCCUCUCCGUCCGCACCACAACAUCAAUUUCAUCAAUUCCCCUGGUGGAAUUAUCGGUCUGCACUUUGACAAGGCCGUUCCUCAUGACGCAGGAAAAUACAGUGUCACAAUUAAGAACCGUCUUGGAGAGCUUGCUGCAACUGCGGUGGUUGAAAUCGAACCUGCUGCUCGCAAGCCCAGCUUCCAGGAUGCACUACAGCCUACCAGAGUGGUCGAGGGCUAUCCUGCCAAGCUGGAGGUCAAAAUCUACGGUCAUCCCAAGCCUGUUCUCACUUGGACCCACCGUGGCGAGGAUAUUGUAGUGGACGGAAAGCGCUACAAGGAGGUGACCUCCGCCGACGGCAUUACUUCCCUGCUCAUCGAUAAGGUUUUGCCUGAGGAUGGCGGUGAAUACGCUUGCACUGCCAACAACGACCUUGGCUUCGCUACAUGCAAAAACCGCUUGGAGGUAACACCCAAGGAGAAGGAAAAUCAGCCCGAAGAGGUGCCUGUGUUCAUUCACCCGCUCAGAGAUGCCAACUGCGAGGAGGGUGGAUACCUCACCUUGGACGUGCCUUUCCUCGGAAAUCCUAUUCCCGAGGUUGUCUGGACCAAGAACGGAAAGGUCUUGGAGCCUGGUGACAGAGUCACUAUCACAUGCGACGGAAAGAGGGUUGGAUUGGAUGUCAGGCCAACCAGCUUGAACGACGUCGGCAAGUAUGAGUGCACUUUGACCAACCGUCUCGGAAAGGCUUCGACCGGCUGCAACGUUGCCGUGCGCAAAGUGUUCCAGCCUCCAAAGUUCACUCAGACUUUUGGAGACUUGCAACAGCUGCCCAACUACGACGCAAAGUUCCUUGCUCGCGUCACUGGCCUGCCGACUCCAGACGUUGUCUGGUCCAAGGAGGGAAAAAUCCUACCUGGACGCGACACAGAGAAGUACCAGGUCAAGAAGGACGGAGAUGCUACCUUGCUCUACAUCCGCAACUGCACGCCCGAUGAUGUUGGCAAAUACACUUGCUCGGCCAAGAACUCUGCCGGUGAAAAUUCGUGCACAGCCAGCCUUGAAAUUGUCGAGAAGAUCGGCAAGAGGCACAAGGCAGAGGCUCCAGUUUUCCUCAAGAAGCUGGGAGACUGCGUUGUGUACCAGGGCAUGACCGCCAGGUUCACUGCCUGUGUCACCGGCUACCCUGAACCUGAGCUGGAGUGGUACCGCGACACGACUCGCCUUUUCAACAGCGAACGUAUUAAGUUCGAGAAGGAAACUUCUGGACUUGUGCGUCUCAUCAUUGAAAAGGUUGGAGAGGCCGAUGUCGCCGUUUACAGACUGCGAGCUACUAAUGAGCACGGACAGGCUGACUGCGAAGCCAAUCUCGUCUACGAUGCUCUGGAAGAUCGCCCAGACAAGAAGACCAUGUGCGAUCAGUACUCAGAGUACGACAACAUCCGCAAGUCUGGCGCUCCUAUGCCACUGGCCGACCGUCCGAUUGUGAGUCGCAUGACCGACCGCAACCUGACCUUGUCCUGGAAGCCGUCGAUACCGAAGGGACCGCGCGAGCCUGUUACCUACAGGGUUGAAAUGUGCGAGCUGCCUGGAGGCGACUGGUUCGACAUUCGCACAGGUAUCAAGAGCUGCGCCUGCGAUGUUCGCAAUUUGGAGCCUUACCGCGAUUACAAGUUCCGCAUCCGCGUUGAAAACAAGUACGGAAUCAGCGACCCAUCUCCCUACGCCAUCACCUACAGGGAGAAGCUGGAGCCUGAUCCACCCAAGUUCAUCCCCUACUUGGAGCCUAAUCUCGAUUUCCGUCCAGAGACGUCUCCCUUCUUCCCCAAGGACUUUGAUAUUGAAAAGCCCCACAUCGACGGAUUUGCCAAGCCACCAAAGUUCCUGCGCCAGGAAGACUACAACAACCAGUACGGAGUCAAGGACCACAACUGCCAGCUACAGUGGUUUGUCUAUGGUUAUCCUAAGCCAAAGGUGAGCUUCACCUUCAACGAUGAGCCAAUUGAGAUGGGAGGACGCUUCGAUUGCAGCUACACCCGCAAUGGACAGGCUUGCCUCUUCAUUAACAAGAUGAUGGACCGUGACUGCGGUAUUUACGAAGCUUGCGCCGUGAAUGAGCACGGCGAGGCGAGACAGCGCGUGAAUUUGGCCGUCGCUGAGUAUCCCAGGUUCUUGAAGAGACCUGAGGAGACCCUGAUUUUGGCGAGAAAAUCCGCUCGCAUUGAAGUGCGUGUGUCAGGAACACCGUUCCCUGAAGUCAAGUGGUACAAGGAUUGGCUUCCAAUCGCCGAAUCCUCUCGCAUUAAGAUCUUCUUCAUUGAGCCCGACACAGCAGUUCUCCAGAUCGGAGAGGCCAUGGCCAAAGACGCGGGUCUGUACUCUGUGUGCGCUAGGAACAUUGCUGGCAGCGUGUCCACCUCAUUCAGCAUCCACGUCGAGGAGAACGAGGCGGCCUACUUCUAUUCCACCUAUACCGGAAGAAUCAUCAAGGAGAUGAAACCCCAUAAGAACAAGUACAUCGAGGAGUUUUACGAUUUGGGCGAAGAGCUCGGCCGAGGCUCUCAGGGAGUCACCUUCCACGCUGUCGAGCGUCUUUCAGGUCGCAACUACGCCGCAAAGGUGAUGCAUGGAAAGCAAGACCUGAAGCCUUUUAUGCUUAAUGAGCUUGAGAUCUACAACCAGCUUAACCACAGGAAGCUGUUGAGGCUGCACGACGUUUUCGAAACAAAGAAGUCUCUCACUCUCGUCACUGAGCUCGCUUCUGGCGGCGAACUCCUGGAGUCCCUGACCAAACAGGAAUAUGUGACAGAAUCUGAAAUUUCUGGCUACAUCCGCCAGAUUCUGGUUGGUCUGGAAUACCUGCAUUCCCAGAACAUCGCUCAUCUGGGACUGACACCUGGUGAUCUUCUGAUUUCCCACCCUGGUGGUGACGAUCUGAAAAUCGCUGACUUCGGCCUUUCCCGCAAGAUCUACUUCUCGAAACUGGCAGCCCUGAACUACGGCAUGCCCGAGUUCGUGGCGCCCGAGGUGGCCAACGGCGACGGCGUGCACAUGGCCGUGGACAUGUGGUCUGUGGGUAUCAUCACCCACCUGCUGCUGACCGGUGUGUCCCUCUUCCGAGGCAAGCACGACCGCGACACCCUGAGCAAGGUGCGCGAGGGCAAGUGGGACGACCUGCACCUGAUCAGCAGGAACGUGUCUGACGACUGCAGGGACUUCAUCAAGUCUCUGCUCAUGUAUCAAGUGGACAACCGCAUGGACGUGCACACCGCCCUGAAGCACCCGUGGCUGGCGCGCGCCGACAAGAUCCCGCAGGACGAGCCGCAGCUCAGCACCGACGCCCUCAGGCACUACUACAAGGGCCUCAGGGACUGGUACUCGAACGCCUCCUGCCGCACCUGGUACCGCCGUCGUCCCCUGGACGGCGCCGACACCCACCCGUCGUGCAUGGUCUACCCACCAGGACUCACCUACACACCGCCCGCUUCACCUAGAGCCACGCCUGACCGCGCUCUUUGGGAGAACAAGAUCGAGUCCAGACACGGAGUUGAUUACGAGCUUGGAUUGAUCCAGUCGGAGAGCCACUACCAAUACGGACCUGACACCUACUUGCUGCAACUCCGCGACGUGGACUUCCCCUGCCGUCUGCGCGAGUACAUGAAGGUGGCUGCGUCUCGCAGCCAAGCCUUCGCCCUGAGCGGCGGGCGCGACUGGAGGGCUCCCGUCAUCAGGGAGCGUCGCCGCUUCACUGAUGUCAUGGACGAGGAAAUCGAUGACGAGCGCAAGGAACGUUUUGCCAAGUACGGCAGCGCUGACACCUACACCUUGCGUCGCCUGAGACACGAGCUUGGCAGCAGGAUGGAGGGCCAGUUCGAGGCCGAGGCCAUGGUUGAGUCAAAGAGGGACGGACAGCCACCCUUCAUGCGCGAAAAGCCACAACUGCUCCCCAUUUUGGAGGACACGCCAGCGAAGCUCACCUGCCUGGCUGUCGGCGACCCUAAGCCAGUCGUCCAGUGGUUCAAGAACGAUAACCUUGUGCCCGAAGGCAAGCGUGUGACCGUCACCGAAGACUCCCACGGCAGGUCAAUCCUCAGCUUCGACCCUGCCUUGCCAAACGACGCCGGCAUUUACAAGGUCGUCGCCAGGAACAGGGUUGGGCAAACCGUGGCCCGAGUCAGGGUUGUUCUUGCUGGACCACCUGCCGCCCCUGAUUCACCUGAAGUGGCGGACAAGUCUGACACCGAAAUCUUCCUGAAGUGGAAGCAGCCCAAGGACGAUGGCAACUCAACAGUCCUUUGCUACAGCUUGCAGUACAAGGAAGCUGACAAAGUUGAGUGGGUGGAGUGUGCGUUCAACAACAUCGACCAUGAAUUCUUCCUUGUGCGCAACCUGGCGCCGAAAACCGAGUACCAAUUCCGUCUGGCAGCCCGCAACCGCAUCGGCUGGAGCGAAAAGGGCGUCCCGUCUGCGAUUUUCAAGACGCGCGACGCGGGCGCACCUAAAGUGGCCAGCAUUUCCAAAGCCAUGCUGCACCUGCAGCAGCUGACCGAGUCUGGACAGAAGGUGCAGGGCCUGGACGAGAACCAGGAGGAAGAAAGCUCGCAGAUCUUGGACUACGCCGUGGAAAGGAGCCCACUCACCUGGAGGGACGAGAACCCCGCCGAAAAGUUCAACUUCAUAUCUGAAAUUUCGAGGGGCCGCUUCUCCAUGGUGGCGAAGGCCAUCGAGAGAGCCACGGACCGCGUGAUCGUGGCCAAGGUCCUCGCCUGGACGCCCGAGACUGAGCUCGAGGUGCUAAGGGAGUUCGAGGCCUGGCACUCGCUACGCCACGAAAGAAUCUGCAUUCUCAGCGAAGCCUACAGAGUGGGCACGUCGGCCACGCUCAUCCUUGAGAAGCUGCAGGGCUCUGACGUGCUCACAUAUCUGGCCAGCAGGCACGAGUACUCCGAGCAGGUCGUCGUUUACAUUGUCCAGCAGAUUCUGGAUGGUCUCCAAUACCUUCACUGGCGAGGAAUUUGCCAUCUAGCAAUCGAGCCAGACAACGUUGUCAUGGCUGGAGUGAGGUCGGCGCAAAUCAAGCUGGUCGAUUUUGGAGCUGCGCAGCGAGUUAGCAAACUGGGCACCGGCGUACCACGCAGCUUCGCAACAGAAUUCUCAGCCCCUGAAAUCUUGAACAACGAGCCAGCGUUCCCGCAGAGUGACGUCUGGUCGCUUGGCACCCUGACAUACUUGCUGCUGUCUGGCGUGUCUCCCUACAGGGCCGAGACCGUGGAGGAAACCAAAGCCAACAUCACCUACGUCAGAUACAGAUUUGAGCACCUUUACAAGGAGUUGACUGCGGAAGCAACUCGCUUCCUUAUGUUUAUUUUCAAGCGCACACCUAGCAAGCGACCCACAGCCGAAGAAUGCCAAGAACACAGAUGGCUUUUGCCAACAGACCACCUAGUUAAGAAGAGGGAGAGGGCAAUUUUCCUUGGCAACAGGCUAAAGGAUUUCAGUGAGCAGUAUCACGGAGAGAAAGCGAGGGCGGCGGCAGCCAUUGAGGAGAAGAGACCAAAGGCCAUUCCUGUUGAGGUCAAGUUGGCCAGGUCGAUUAGCGUGCAGGAGGAGUUGCUGACGCCGAAUUAAAGGGGAACCGAAAGGAAGGAAGGAAGGGCAACAAAAAAUUGAUCUUACUGUUGACGCUGGCACUCGAAUUUAAGAAGUAAACAAACAGAAUUUUUUCGAAUUUAAGAUUUUGGUCCCUUUAGAUGGACGAUUUGGAUUUUUCAAAAGAGCAGACUUUUUUUAGGCAACCUCAAACUUGUCCUCAUAUGUUUUUGUCUGGGGUUUGGUAUGUUUAAAGCAAUGCUGAAGCAAUCCUAAAAAUGUUUGUUUUGUUCCUAAUAUGAUGUUGAAACUUUAUUGUAAAUAAAAAAUUUAAAAAUAA